AUGUCGGUCGUCGGGCGCAUUUCGGGGUUUCAGUGCAAAAGAAAUCGCCUGAAACUAGCCUCGGUACGCAGCCGUUGGUGCGUUGAAGACAAAACUGUGGGGCACACUUGGCCGGACGGUGUUGCAAUUAGGUUGAUGCUCAGUAGCGAUCGUUUAGCUGAUGUGGCCGUGAGCCGACAGGCAAGCCGUGCUGCCGACAGGUUUUACACCAGAUCCGCUGCGGUCGCAGCUGACGCUGUCGACUCAUCGCAUAUCCUCGCACGCCCAACGUCCACCGGAAGUUACAGUACGGUCGCAGUGUGA